GCGGUGUCUGCACGGGCUGGCGUUGAGCCAGGGACGGCCGCCGCCGCUCGUCGUCUGUUCCCCCGCCCACAGGUAGCGGCUCGAGCACGCACAAGGGCCAGGCUUCGACAGCGCAACCGCACAGGGCUGCAGGAGGCUGGAGCACCGCCGCGCAGGGGGUAGGGUGCCGGGCUACACAGGGCCGCCUCCCACGUGCACUCGCACACAGGGCCGAGCAAGAAGCCAGCCUGCCUUCACACUGCUUUUCCUGCGAACGCUGGAACAAGUGCAAGAAUGGAGGAUAGCAACGCCUGAUUUUGCCCUGCAAGAGGAAGGGGCAGGGCAAAUCCAAGGAUGGUAAGAAAGCUAAGGAGGACCCAAAGAUGAGCAAGACUAAGCUAAAAAAGUUGCAGAAAUUGGAGGAGGAGAGGCAAAAGAAGCUGCUGCAAGUUAAAAGCAUCGAGAUUUUGCAGAAGCACAAGAUCUCAGAAGAUGCAUAUUCACUGUUGCAUGCUUCAAGGACUAUUGGUCAAGUUGAGACUUUGGAAGAAAAACGUAGGCUGGUUUACAGUCUUGAUAUUGCAGCUGUCCAAGGCUGGUUUGGAUAUUCCUGAAGAACUUUCGCUAUUCAAGAGAAGCAGUGACAAGAAAAUUUCUGAAAACAGUGACAUCGUGGAGCAAAUUUUGCCAGCCAGGUUUGUUGAGCAAAGUGUGGAUCCUUGUAGAGAAUAUAAGAAUAACAUGAAGAAUGAUUCAAUGAAAGCUAUGGAAUGCCAACUAAAGAUGGAUGUUGAAGUAAGCAUUCCAGAGCCAAAAAUUGAGAAGCAACUACAAAAUCAGUA